AUGGCUGCGGAUGGUCCGAAACCUGGCUUCCUGGGGAACGUCAACCAGGACCAGGAAGCGAAGCUGCAAAAGCUUUGGUCGGUCUUGCUGAAGGCGGCCGAGGCGCCGUCGGGCGACGAGCUGUCUAACGGCUCCGUCGAAGAGCCCACCAGCCCUACUCAGCCUCAACGCCGACACUCUUUGCUCAGUCGCACCCAGAGCAAUGUCUCUGAGAAGACCACUGCCAGUGUGGCCAAGUCCCCCUAUCAGCAGAAGGUCAUGGCGUACCUCAAGGAGAUUGGUAUCGGCGCACAGGAGACCAAAAUGGUCCAGAAAGCCCUCUCAGAGAUUGCCCCACUCGAGUUGCGCAACGGUGUUUUGAACUUGCUGAAGCAUGACAAUCCCGAUGCGAUGCUACUCCGAUUCCUGCGCGCCCGCAAGUGGGACGUCCCCAAGGCUUUUGCCAUGAUGAUGGAGGCCAUUGUCUGGCGGGUCAAGGAAAUGCAUGUGGACGACGACGUCAUGGCCAAGGGUGAGCUACACGCGUUGCAGCAAGAACGAAACAACGCCAAUGUAGUGGAAAAGAAGGCCGGCAAAGACUUUUUGGCUCAAAUGCGUAUGGGCAAAGCCUAUGUGCACGGAAAGGACAAGCUCGGUCGACCAAUUGUGGUGAUCAAGGUUCGCUUGCACAAACCCGGCGCGCAGAGCGAGGAGACUCUAGAGAGAUACAUUGUGCACGUCAUCGAGUCUGUUCGAUUGACUCUAUCCCCUCCCGUGGAGACCGCCGCUGUGGUAUUUGAUAUGACAGGAUUUGGGCUAUCAAACAUGGAAUACCCACCCGUCAAGUUUAUCUUGAAGUGCUUCGAAGCAAACUACCCAGAAUCACUGGGUGUCCUUCUCAUCCACAAUGCCCCAUGGGUAUUCUCAGGCAUCUGGAGAAUCAUUCGAGGCUGGAUGGACCCUGAUAUUGCAGCUAAAGUGAAUUUCACAAACAACACCAACGAUCUCACUAAGUUCAUCGCCCGUGAUCAGCUUGUUGAGGAGCUUGGUGGUACUGAGAAGUGGAAGUACGAAUAUAUUGAGCCCGAGGAGAAUGAGAACCAGAAGAUGGAGGAUACCACCACCAGAGAUGCACUUACCCGCGAGCGCCAGCAGAUCGGAGAAGAAUUCCUCGCAGCUACUUCCGAGUGGAUUGAAGCAGCCAAGUCAAAAGACAAGACUAAGAUCCAAUCUGCAGAGAGCCAGCGAGCAUACUUGGCAGAGCGCUUGAGGGUCAAUCAUUGGAAGCUGGACCCAUAUACUCGAGCUCGCCUGUGUCUUGACAGAGAGCGUGUCAUCCAAGAGGGCGGAAAGAUCGAUUUCUAUCCUAAGGAAGAGGAGAUCGUCGAGACGAAAGCCGUGCAAGUCACAAAGACGGCAGAGAUCGAGCACCUAGAAAGUGUGAAUGGUGGUACGACACAGGCAACUGUGGCAUAG